ACUCUCUAUGUGAGCUCAGUGUUUAGCUGCAGUUGGUUCAUGUGGAGCGCAGGAAAGUUCUGCAGAAGGACGAUCUGAUCCCAUAUUGCCGAAGUCCGACUCGGGGAGUUUUCAGGAAUAAAUCUUGAGUGGUGUUGAUGUGCUUCAAGGAAACAGAGCAAUUAGACUAAAUUAGCUGCAUUUCCUCAGAACUGAACAUUCAGGUUCUGCUGCUGAUGGGGAUUAGCAUGAAGCUAACUGGCGUAGCCUGACUUUAACCCUUAGUGUGCUCUGAAGUCAGGAGUUUAACCUGUGAGGUUCUGAAGAGAAUCAACCAGCACCAGUUAAACAUCUGUUACUGGUUGCUUACUGUAGUUCAGCUCCAAGGCGCCCCUAGUGGCCAGAGAGCAGAACUGCUGCAGUAAUUAAAGGAGGUGAUGCUGUUUGUCCUGCAGGAGAACUUCAGGAUCACAGAUCUCAGGAUGCAGGAGAAGAGUAAGAAGCAAUCAGCAGGACGUCAACCCAGCAAACCGGCCUCUAAGAGCUCCUCAGCAUGUCCCUCCUGGUGUUGUCCUUUUCAGAGAGCAGAACUUCAUGAACCUGAACGGAUCCAGUCACCUGGACUCCAGAGUGAAGUUAAAGCUAAAGUUGCUAACACGGCUUCGCUCCUUCAGGGUUUUGUUCAAAAGAUCUGUACUGAAGACCAGGCGGACUUCUGGCCCUCAGUUUGUCCUCCAGGGGAUAAAAAUGCUGAAUCGAAGCUUUGGCUGAAGAAGACCUUGGAAAAGUUGGACAACAGGGAGCUGAGAUAUUUCCACUGGUUCCUGCAAACUGCAGACGAUGUUAAACCAAUCAGAAGGAGUCGCCUGCAGCAUGCUGACAGACUGGACACAGUCGACCUGAUGCUCCAAACGUAUCCCAAAAACUUUCAAAAGGUCACCCAGAAGAUUAUGGACAAGGUCAACAGUCGUAGAAAACAUGGGGUUCAUAACUGGGUUCUGGACUCCCUGGACAAUCUAGACGACAAACAGCUGAAGUACUUCCACUGGUUCCUGCAAACGGCAGACAAAUCCAAGGACGGCUUCAAACCCAUCAAAAAGAAGGACCUGGAGGACGCAGACAGACUGGACACAUCGGAUCUGAUGGUUCAGACGUACGACACAAACACCAAGGAGGUCACAGAGAAGAUCCUGAAGAAGAUCAAGAACAACAAAGGCAAAGACAUACCAGAAGCUGAGGAGCAGAUGAAGCCAUCUUCUCCAGCUGAAGCAGAAAAGAAAGAAGUCUCCAAGGUUCUGGAGGAGUUUGUUAAGAAAGCUCCAAAUGAAACCCUGACCCGGCUGUCAGAGGCUCUAGCAGCAGACGGUGUGUUGAAGUCCUCUGAGAAGCAACACAUCCUGGAGAAGAACCACACCAGAGGAAACAGAGCGAGCUGCCUUGCUGACACAGUGAUGGAUAAAGGAACUGCUGCCUGUAAGAAGAUGAUCCACCACCUUCAGGCUGUUGAUGCUCCACUGUCCUCCAAGCUGGGCUUGUCCUCUGGUCCAGUUGUUCAGCAAGGUCAAAGUUCACAGGAACUCAAAACCAAACCAGUAUCAGAACCAGGACUUGUUUGUAAACCGGCCAUUCAACAAUUCCUUUCUCUUAAACCUUACCAGAAACCUGUCGAUGAUGAGAAGGAAGUCUGGCAGCAGAUCUGUCCUGAAGGGGACAACGAUGCUGACAUCAAGCAGUGGUUGAAGGAGCAUCUCGAGGAUCUGGACAGCAGGGAGAUGAAGUACUUCCACUGGUACCUUCAAACCGCGGACAAGUCCAAGGAUGGCUUCAAGCCGAUCAAGAAAUGCCGCCUGGAGCAUGCAGAUAGACUGGACACGGUGGACCUGAUGGUCCAGAUCUACACCAACACCACCAAGAUGGUGGCACAGAAGAUUUUCAAGAAGAUGCAUAAAGACAAAGGACAUGACUAUAAAGAUUGGCUUCUGGACACUUUGUUAGAGCUGGACGACAAGGAGAUGAAGCACUUCCACUGGUUCCUUCAAACUGCGGACAAGUCCAAGGAUGGCUUCAAACCAAUCAAAAAGGGUCAGCUGGAGGACGCAGACCGGCUGGACACGGUGAACCUGAUGGUCCAGACGUACGCCUCAAACACCAAGACGGUCACAGAGAAGAUCCUGGAGAAAAUUAAGAGCAAUAAAGACAAAGGUCUUCCUGAGGUGGAGGAGCAGAUUCCUCCAACGUCUCCAAAUGAAAGUACAUCUGAGAAAGUGCUCACCAGGAUGCUUAAUGACUUUGUGGAGAAGGUACCAAAAGAAACGUUAUCACAGCUCAUGGAGGCUCUCAUGACUGGCAAGACCCUGAUGUCAUCAGAGAAGGAGACCAUCCUUCAGAACCACACCAGGGUCAACAUGGCCAGCUGCUUCGUUGACAUUGUGAUGGAGAAGGGAACCGACGCCUCCAAAGAGCUGAUGAACCGUCUUCAAACCAUCAACCCUCGCCUGUCCUCUGAGCUGCAUUCACCUUCUACCCCAGGUCACAAGUCUUUCAAACAGCUCUUCACUAGUAAGAAAACGAGGGAGAUGACGAAGGAACAGGAGGAAUGCUGGCGCCUGAUCUGCCCUCCAGGAGAUAAAGAUGCUGAUUUGAAGCGUUGGUUGAAGAAAACUCUGGAGGAUCUGAAGAACAGGGAGGUGAAUUACUUCCACUGGUACCUGCGGAUUGCAGACGACACCAAAGACGGGUUCAAACCAAUCAAAAGGUACCGUCUGAAGCACGCAGACAGACUGGACACAUUGGACCUGUUGGUGCAGAUGUACCCUGGAAAGGUGAAAGAGGUCACAGAGAAGAUCCUGGAGAAGAUCAAAACCAACACGGCACAGCACUGGAUCCUGGAAAUGUUUGUGGACAUGGGGGACCAGGACCUUAAAUACUGCCAGAUGUUACUGCAGGGCACCGACAAGCUGAAGCACGCCUCCCUGAAGAGGGGUCCUCAGGCAGAGGGGCAGGAAGUGGACACCAUGAACCUGAUGAUGCAGAUGUACAACUCAGACCAGAGAGAGAUGCUAGAGAGAACUCUGAAUGAAAUCCAGGAGACUUCAGAACUGCCUGAAGUCGAGGACCAGGACAACCCAGCUUCUCCAACAGCUCUACGAGCAAAGAAAAUGAAGAUCAUGCUGCUUGACUUUAUCAAGAAAGUGUCCAAUAAAACGUUGGAGCAGCUGCUGAAGGACCUGGUAGCGGACAAGGUGCUCACUGCGUCAGAGAGAAAAUCAGUGGUGGAGAAGAACCACACCAGAGUGAACAAGGCCAGCGGCCUGGUGGAGAUCCUGAAGGAGAAAGGAACAGAAGCUUGUCAGAAGAUGAUCAGCCUUGUUGAAACAAUGGAUCCUCCACUUUACGCCAAACUGGGUUCUUCCCAGAGCCCCAAUUUCCAACAAGAGCUGCUCCAGAUGCUAACCUUCAACCUGAAGGAGGAUGAAGGACCAGAGGAAGAGGAAGAGGAAGAGGACAAAUAAACAGAACAUGGGAUUGGUCAUAUUGAGGAGCAACUGAAGAUUCAACUUCCUGUUUCUAGAUUUAUAAACUUUGACGGUGUCCUGUUUUGUCCACCACUGUUCAGUUUUACAUGUUGGACCUUUAACUAAAAUUACAGCUGUUAUUUUCAGAUGUUUCCCUGCUUCUUUACUGACGCUGUUAUAAGUCUGUUUAAUGAACUGAUAACAUUAAAUCUAUAUAUGUUUUAACAUGGCAGUGCAGCAGUACAGUCAGGCUUCAUCUGAUUCACUUUGCUGUGAGAAACCUGAACAAUCAGAACCAAAGAGUUUAAAUACAGAGAAGUGAUGAGAUGGAAACCAGGUGAGUCCAAUUAGAGGAAACCAGAACAGCUGAGGACAGAGGAGAGCAGGAAACACAACCAAAAAUACAUUUUAUGGUUUCUUUUAAGGUUUAACUUUAACUGUCUUAUGAUGUAAUCAUUCUGCUUCUUUUAAUAAUCCGUCUUUUGCACUUUUCACUAGACAGAAUAAAAUGACAGAUUUAAAUCCUGGUUGUUUAUCUAAAAGAAAAGAGCAGCAGUGAGGAUGGUAAUAAUAUUUAUAACUAAAAGCAGAAAAUGAAACUCAACAUGGAAUCAGUUCACAGCUUCACGUCUCUCCAACUGAAACGUUUUAUUUUUCACAAUAAAUAGCAGUGAAUCUAAAAUGUUUGAACCUUCGUCAUGACGAUGGAUUUACUGGGAUUAAUUUGUUAAGGUUCUGCGCUGUGAUUGGCUGUCAGUCAGCUGUGUUGGGUCGGUUCUGUUCAGCUCCACGAUCAGAACCCUUCAUUCACCUAAAGCUGCUGAUGUUACAUCCUGGCUGUCAGGUAACAUCCAAUCAGGUGAGUCCAGAGGCCACGCCCCCUGUGUUUCCUGAACAGAAAAGUGGGCGGGGCUACAUUCCCUGAUGGUCCAAACUGGUUCUGUCCGGACCGGUUGAGUUUCAAAGACGUUUGUCACCAAGUUCCACUUCUAGCCUGGAGUUCAUCCACUUCCAACAAUAAGCAAGGAUGAGCCAACAGAAGUGUUU